GUAGUUCCGCCAUUGGACGGAAGCCGGGAAGGACGUCGGAGGGAUGUGGCCCGGAAUAUUGGUUGGGGGGGCCCGGGUGGCGGCAGGUAGGUCACCCGCGCUGGGGCCUCGCCUCGCCGCCCGGUUCCCCCCGCGGCGGACGCCCAAGACCGGCCUGGCCCUGCAGCGGAGCCUGCACGCGACGGCGGCCCGGGCUCUCCCGCUCAUUCCCAUCGUGGUGGAGCAGACGGGUCGCGGCGAGCGCGCCUAUGACAUCUACUCACGGCUGCUGCGGGAGCGCAUCGUGUGUGUCAUGGGUCCGCCCGCUGCGUACCCCCAGCUGGGCCAGCCCACCCUUCCCGCUUACUUACAGAUCGACGACAGCGUCGCCAGUCUGGUUAUCGCGCAGCUGCUGUUCUUGCAGUCCGAGAGCAACAAGAAGCCCAUCCACAUGUACAUCAACAGCCCUGGUGGCAUGGUGACGUCGGGCCUGGCCAUCUACGACACGAUGCAGUACAUUCUGAACCCCAUCUGCACAUGGUGCGUGGGCCAGGCCGCCAGCAUGGGCUCCCUGCUUCUGGCCGCUGGUACCCCGGGCAUGCGCCACUCGCUCCCCAACUCCCGCAUCAUGAUCCACCAGCCCUCUGGGGGUGCCCGGGGCCAAGCCACAGACAUCGCCAUCCAGGCAGAGGAGAUCAUGAAACUCAAGAAGCAGCUGUACGGCAUCUACGCCAAGCACACCAAACAGAGCCUGCGGGUGAUCGAGUCGGCCAUGGAGAGGGACCGCUACAUGAGCCCCAUGGAGGCCCAGGAGUUUGGCAUCUUAGACAAGGUUCUGGUCCACCCUCCCCAGGACGGUGAGGAUGAGCCCAAGCUGGUGCAGAAGGAGCCCGUGGCCGUGGCGGCGGCAGCAGAGCCGUCCCCCGCAAGCAUCUGAGAGCUGGACCUCACCCUCCAGAGGAAAGUCGGGGGAGCUAGGCACCAGACGCUGGAGCCGCAGCCCUGCCCACCCCUCGCUGCUGAGCCUGGAAGGGCCCCAUGAGGAACUCUGGGUUUGGGGCUGCCCCUAAGGGCAGGUAUCUUGAAUGAGACACUGUGAUUUUCAAUUAAAUCUUUGUAGUCUUUGAUCCC